CGUAUCUUGCGGAUGCGGAGGUCGGACGCCGAUUCGGAUUGGAAGCCCCGCCAAGAUACAUUUACGUAAAAAAAAAUCGCAGCGCGUUUUCGGCUUUAAUCAGGGAGGAAGCGAAAAGUUUUCCGGCCAAACCCUCCCGAGUUCUGGAGGCCAUAAAAUACAAUUAGAAAGUGCAAACAUGAAAAAGUAAAGAAAACAGCGAAUAAUAAUAAUAAAAAGUGGCUUUAAGGAUUCUCCUCUUGAUGCCCUGGGUGUGUGUGCGUGUAAUUGGCCUGAUUGAUAACCGCUGACAGCCUUCCGUUUAGAAUUCCGGCAAUUGUAUUACCAAAAUCAGCCGUAAAGUGUGUCCAAAGUGUACCAGUUCCAGUACCAGUGAGGUAGAGGGGACCCGGGUCCAACUGCUCCUGCCCAAAUUUUGGGGAAUUUUCAAUUAAAUUUAAUCACAUCAUCACGGACUAUACACUGACAGGGACUUGUGUCUAACAAAAUAAAGGAUUAAUUGAUAUCUAAAGAGUUGUUUGUCAGGAGUCUCAAGUGUUUCCCAAGGAGCUGCAAAUAUCAAUAAUUAUAUUUUCUAAAAGGUAAACUACUACGAACCACUAUUUUUCCCACAAAUCGGAGUUACGAAUCCCCAAAAGAGAUGAAAUAAUUGCCGUCAGCCAGCCAGGCAGAUAGUCUCCCACUGGAGGACACUUGAUCCUCAGAAAGCGCUCUUUGGAAGCCAACAUGUCCGACAACAAGUGGUAACGUUUUAAGGCACCACAAACCGGAAAAGAGGAAUAAUUAUUGAACCGGAAGCGGAAGAGAACAAGUAGUCAACACAAAAUGGCCGCAAACCGAGAACAAGCCACAACAAGAACACCAGCCACAACGCCCACAAGCAGAAGCAGGUCCUGGUUAAGCGAAGGGAUUCCAGGAUUCUGCCUCCUACUGUCUUUGUUCAUCCUCCUGCCCCUGGAAAGCCGGGCCUUCUGCCCCUCCAAGUGCCAGUGCCUGGGCGGGGAGGCCAACAAUCGGGCCCUGUGCGUGGACGCCGCCCUGGAGGACGUGCCCAUUCAGUUGAAUCCCGAGACCAAGUACAUAAAUCUCACCCUGAACCGGAUAAGGAAUCUGGCGUACUCGCUGCCCUUCUACGUGAAGCUAGAGAUCCUGGACCUGUCGCAGAACAUCAUCGAGACGCUGGGCUCGAAGAACUUCGAGUACCAGUCGGAGCUGCGAACCCUGAACCUGAGUCGGAACCUGGUCAGCUCGCUGCACAAGCAUGCGUUCAAAGGACUCACUAACCUGCUGCUGCUCGACUUAAGUUUCAACCGGAUUGAGACAGUGCAUCCCACGGCCCUCAGCGAUCUGGCCGCUCUCGUGGAGCUGGACUUGACCAACAACAACAUCGUGAGCCUGGAAGACAACUGCUUCAAGGGCAUGGGCACCCUGGAGGUGCUGGUCUUCCGGAACAACCGGCUGCUGGACGUUCCGGCCACCAAUCUGUGGCACCUGCACGCCCUCAAGUCCCUCGACAUGUCCGACAACCUGGUUGAGUUCGUCCGGAACGACAGCUUCGAGGGACUCAAGGAGCUCUUGGCGCUCAGUCUCAGGGGCAAUGUGAUGAGUGAGCUCGACGUCAGCGCCUUCGAAGGACUCAUCUCGCUGAAGCAUCUGGAUCUGGCCGACAAUAACUUAACGAUGGUGCCCACCCAGCAGCUCUCGAAACUUUCGAACCUCACCUAUCUCAACCUGGGCGGGAAUCGCUUCUCCCAGCUGCCCGCCGUCGCCUUCCUCAACUUGUUUCAUUUGCGCGAGCUGCACUUGAGCCGCCUGGACUAUUUGCAGCACAUCGAUUCGAGAGCCUUCGUGGACAACACCCACCUGCAGACCCUGCACCUGAACAACAAUCCCCAGCUCAGCGACAUCCCCAUGCGCCUCUUCCAAGGCAACCCCAACAUCCUGGAGGUCUACAUGCAAAGCAACAGCCUGCAGACGCUCUACUCCGCCCAGUUCCCGGUGGACCAGCUCCAGAAGCUCUACCUCGGCGACAAUCCGCUCCAGUGCAACUGCUCGCUCCUCUGGCUCUGGCGGCUGGUGACUGGAAACUUCGAGGGAGUAGACCCUGGCCUGGAGCACGCGGCCGGCGGAGCAGUGGCUGCUCUGGCCAAGGAGGCCGACUCCGGCUUGAUGGACGACGAGGAGCAGGCGGACGACGCCACCGCCGUGGCCAGCACGGACGACGGGGUGGCUGCUCUGGCCGCCUACAUAGCCGAUCAGCACAUCGUGAAUGCCCUGCACACCACCGAGCCGAGUGCAUAUGAGCUGGCCACCUCAGCCUCGAACAGGAACACUGGAAUCCUGCGCAUGGAUCGCCAGCAGAUCGGUUGCGACAUCUGGCGGGACAAGGUGCGCACCCGGAGGCAGCUACUCUCAAUGAGCGAGGGCGAGAUCACCUGCCCCGCCCACAUUGUGACGGUGGUGUGCGCGGUGAUCACCUGCCUCCUGGUGGUGAUGAUCGGCGUGAGUGUCUUAUACUACCUGCGCUUCGUCAAGCGCCGCAGGAAGCUGCUCCACGAGCGAGGACCCCUGAGGACGAGCAAGUCUAUCAUAAACGUGCACGAUCGCAUCCUGCAGGGCCACACCUCCGGGGGCCUGAGCAUGAGCAUGACCCUGGGCGGCGGCCACCAUCACACCAACGGCCUGGGCAUGGCCCUGAACUAUCCGCAUCACGCCCAGACCCUGCAGGCGCAUCACCACUACCACCAGGCCACCAUUCCGCUGCAGUCGCACGGUGGCGGCGUGGGGCACGAGUACCAGCAGGCCACCCUGCCUCAGCUGGACAAGCUGGAGCUGGAGCGCUACCUGGCCGCCCAGACCAUUGCCAACGAGUACCGGGCUCUGAAGCCCUGGGAGCUGCCCGUGAAGGAGGCGGCAGACGACGAGCCGGAGCAUCUCUACGAGCGGUUCGACCACUACGAGUACCCGGACACACACACCAUGACCAAGCUGAAGCAGGCGGCGGCCCUUAACCACUCCACCACCACCUCCUCCGGCGGAGGAGCCCCCUCUCCGGUGCCGAAGCCACACGUGGUCUACGUAUGACGUGGCCGUAGCCAGGGCGAGAAGAGGGGUUUCCAGGUGGGCACGGAUAUGGAAAUGGUGGGGCUGAACCACAGCCACCACAUCCACAACAACAACAACUACAGGGGCUGUAUGCAGAAUGGGCAGUUCUGAGCUGGAGACUUUGGGGACUCAUCCGGAGGAAGAGG